GCCGCCGCCGCUUCCCUUUGUUCUCCCUCAAGAUCUCACUCGGCCAGCUCGAUCUCACUCGGCCAGCUCGAUCUCACUCGGCCAGCUCGAUCUCACUCGGCCAGCACAGCAGCCUGAGUGCGGCAGGGCUGUGAAAAUCAGCAGAAUUGGGGGAGGUGAAAAUGCAUCCCCAGGAAGUUGGCCAUGGCAGGCAACUUUAUUCAUUGAUGAAAGUUUGUGUGGAGGAUCCCUGAUCACUGACUAGUGGGUACUGACAGCUGCUCACUGCAUUACACCACCCGAAUCAAGUGGAUCGGACAUUCUAGUAUUUAACCCUGACUUCAAUGCUUUAACAAAUGAGAAUGACAUGUGCCUCCUGCAGCUGUCGACUCCUGUGAAUUUCACAGACUACAUUCAGCCAGUCUGCUUAGCCUCAGCAGGAAGCACUUUCUACAAUGGCACCAGCAGCUGGGUCACUGGCUUUGGUGACCUAUCAA